AUGCAAGCGAGCUCUUUGGAGUUUCCGGAGGCUCUGGAGGUGCUUGUGACGAAGGCAAAGAGCUUAGAUUUAGAUGGAAUUGGGAGUGGCCAGGAGGCUGCACAGGCUUCCAUGGUGUUAUCCCCUCAGAUCUUGCGGAAGCUGUCUCGGCUUGAGGUGGGCCUCGAGGUCAAGGAGCAGGAAGUCCACGAACUCCGUGGGAACCUGGCGAGUAGAGAUGCCCAGCUCCAAAAGUUCAAGGAGCAGCUGCAGGCCAUGGCACAGGAAGCCGUCCAAGAGGCGUUGCGCAUGGCUUCGCCGGGCAGCGCAGAUGUUCCAGAGCAAAGUUUCGCAGAGGUUUCCGCAAAUCGUUCAGGAAGCUCUGAUGAGAUCGACCGCACUUUGCAGGCUGACACUUCAUCGGCCACGGCCCUUGACUUGGAUGUCACUCCAAUCCUUGGGUCUCUCUCGUCGGCGACUCUUGAUCAUGAGGUCAGCAAUGCAUCGGCAGUCCCGGUGCCUCUGGAUGCCCAACCUGAUGGUGGUGCACCGUUUGCAUCGAGGUUGCUUUCUGCUAGCUCCUUCGCAGGCAGUGAACUUGAGAGGUUUUGGCGUCUUGCCAAGGCCCCAUACAAUGUCGUCCGGCAGCAUCAUGUCGAGGAAGCAGGAGUUCUUUGGGAGAUCGUCGCCGACAGACGCCCCACAAAUACCCGAGUCGUCGGCCGCAAGCUGGGUCGUGGAGUUGUGGAGCUCGGCUUCCGAGGGACUGUGCUUGCCGAUGCCAAUGGCGUAAGCAACUAUGCGAAUGUCUUUACAGACUUGGACACAGAGGCUGUGCCCCUCAGCCCUCAGCUUGUGCCGGGUUCAGACCUCAGCGCCAUUCUGGUGCACAAGGGCUUCCAGGAUGCCUAUCUGACAGUGCAGGCUGAUAUUUUGCAGUGGCUUGAGAAACUGGCGAGUAUCUUCCCACAACCCUCCAAAAUCCAUCUUUCAGGGCACUCGUUGGGUGCUGCGCUGGCCACAUUGGCGGCCAUGCACCUCCAUUCUGUCGGGUGGCCUGUGGUGGCAGUGGUCACCUUUGGCAGCCCGCCGCUAGGAAGUACAGAGCUAGGUAAACUCUAUGCAGACAUGGGCUUGGACAAAGUGACCCUUCGAAUCGCGAACCGAAUGGAUCCAAUUCCUCAUCUCAAAGAGCUGUUGGGGCGAUUCUGCAACUUUGAGCACGUGGUGUCCGCUUUGUGGCUCGGAAAAACUGUGACUGGCAUAUGGGUUCCCAUACCUUCCAGCCACAGCAUGGCCGACAAGCCCGAUUCGUAUCUCAGUUCGCUGCACGAUGUCAUGGAUGGCCAGGUGCAGAUGGGAUGCACGGUGGCAAGCUUGAGAAAUGUCGAGCCGUACCUGCCCUUGUUGUGUUCGAUGUUCUCGCCUGACAAAAUCAACGAGCCAAACGCGCGGACCGUGGUCACGGAGGUGAGGCAGCAGCUGCAGGUGGACCUUGCUUUGCUGGCGAAAGGCAUGGCAGAGACCGCCCGGGAGCUGCGAUCCUACAUCACACACGCCCACGAGUGGGAGCGGGCCCUCGACUUGGAGGCUCUGGUCGACUUGGUCGUUCAGCACCAGGAUAUGCUGCCGAACUGGCAGGACGGCAAAAUGCCCGAGUGGUUCAUCCGCCUCCACACGGCCAAACGCAAAGUGUACGAGGCCUGCCUCGCUGGACUAAAGGACCAGUCCUCAAAGUUCUUCACACCGUUGUUGAUUCUCUUCCUUCGGGCUGCUCUCAUUCUGCUCAAGGCGAUGCAGACCUGCGGCGCGCCUUCACCCAAUUACCAGAAGGAGUUCAUGCGCUUUCGCGGGGAAUCGGAGCAUCUGGCCGGGCGCCUCGACUGGCGGUCAGUGCUUCAUGGCGUGUCACCGCAUGAGAUCUGUUCACUGCUGGAAGCAGCAGUGGGGAGCACUGACAGACUGCCGGUUGCAGUAGUACUGCACAGAGAGCUUCGGCAGAAAGCGCAUUCACUCGAUUGUGUGGUGAGACUCGCGAUGGGAAAGACAGCUUCGGAACAGCUGGCCUUGGAUUUCUUUAUCUUGAAGCAAGACGUAGACGGCGACGACGCCGAGCUUUGCAAGAUUUCGGUGAAGGAGGGCUGCGUGGAAACCUCACCCUCCAUAGCCAUAGAGCUCUUUGAAGCAGCGCUGCCGACCGAGGAGACCAUGCAGGCAUUUGCUGCGACAACAUGGUGCCUAGUCGAGCCGCAGGCUUUGGCUUGUCGAUUGCCUCAGAGCCUGACCUCCUUGAGCUUGGACUUCAGGAAGAGCACGUUCACGGAUGCAUCUUUGAAGGAGCUCGCUGGUCGAUUGCCCCAGAGCCUGACCUUGUUGAGCUUGGCCUUCAGGAACAGCGAGUUCACGGAUGCAUCUUUGAAGGAGCUCGCUGGUCGAUUGCCCCAGAGCCUGACCUCCUUGAGCUUGGCCUUCAGGAACAGCGAGUUCACGGAUGCAUCUUUCAAGGAGCUCGCUGGUCGACUGCCUCAGAGCCUGACCUCCUUGAGCUUGGCCUUCUGGACUAGCGAUUUCACGGAUGCAUCUUUGAAGGAGCUCGCUGGUCGAUUGCCCCAGAGCCUGACCUCCUUGAGCUUGGCCUUCAGGAACAGCGAGUUCACGGAUGCAUCUUUCAAGGAGCUCGCUGGUCGAUUGCCCCAGAGCCUGACCUCCUUGAGCUUGGCCUUCAGGAACAGCGAGUUCACGGAUGCAUCUUUCAAGGAGCUCGCUGGUCGAUUGCCCCAGAGCCUGACCUCCUUGAGCUUGGCCUUCAGGAACAGCGAGUUCACGGAUGCAUCUUUCAAGGAGCUCGCUGGUCGAUUGCCCCAGAGCCUGACCUCCUUGAGCUUGGCCUUCAGGAACAGCGAGUUCACGGAUGCAUCUUUCAAGGAGCUCGCUGGUCGAUUGCCCCAGAGCCUGACCUCCUUGAGCUUGGCCUUCAGGAACAGCGAGUUCACGGAUGCAUCUUUCAAGGAGCUCGCUGGUCGAUUGCCCCAGAGCCUGACCUCCUUGAGCUUGGCCUUCAGGAACAGCGAGUUCACGGAUGCAUCGAGCAGCAAGUUCACGGAUGCAUCUCUGAAGGAGCUCGCUGGUCGAUUGCCGCAGAGACUGACCUCCUUCAAGUCUUGUUUCUGUUUGCAAGCCGUGGCUGAUGACCAACCCAAGACAUCUGCAUGCCAGGGGGAUGUUGUCGGAGUUCGACGCCGCAAAGGUAACUGGGUGGAGCUCACUCAGGAUUCGGACGUCCGCUUCAAGAAGCGCGAGGGCGGGGGUGACCCCCCGAUUGCCGCGAUGAACAACCUCCGCCGGCACAAGGUGUCGCCGACAGGGACAGCUAGCUCCAGCACCGCGCUGAUGCCGGAUUCGGAGGCUUGGAUGCUCGUGGAGCACCCGAACUUUGGCCAGCUGCUCCGCCGCGCACGAAAGCGGAAGGGCGGGCUUGGCCACGGGUGUGUUCUGACGGAGCAGCGCCUGAUGAUGUACCAGCAGGUCAUAGAACUCUGCCACCGCCGGAUCUACAAGGAGAAUCUGGACAGCCUCUGGGAUGGUGAGGCUGACAAGCUGCCGAGCCAGGACAGUUUAGAGGCUGGCAGCGGUUCCAGCCACCUUAACACUCGAAUUAGGAAGCCUCGGUGCUGUUUUUGGGAUGGCGACAGACGGAACGGUCGAGCUCACCAUCGUUUAUGCUGCAUCGGGGAGCUUCUUGACGUCUCUGGCGUGGCCCGCCGCUGGAUCGAUCUCAAGCUUGCAGCGGGAGCUGCAGAAGCACACCCCAACCGGAGCUGUAGGCGACUUGCUGUCGACCACAGGCCCUCUGGCUGGGGACAAGACCCUGUCAGAGCUGGGUAUCACAACCGGUGCUGUCUUGGAAGCCGUGCUGACUUUUGA